GGCGGGCGAGGCGCCUGCUGGCUUCUGGGAAACGUAGUCCGCGCGCUCACCGGCUUUUCCUGGUGGCCCGCUUCAGAGGUCUGGACGGACCACAAUUCCCAGCAGGCUGUGCAUGCGUGAGGCCUCUACUCCGCCUCCUUCUUCGUCCGGGGGGGGGGAAGAAGAUGACAGACGGACUUCCGGCGGGGAAAGGGCUGAGCCUGCGCCGGAAGAAGAGACGUGUCCUUCCGCCACCUGUGAGGAGAAGCCACGGGAAGCGCCCGAUAGAGCCAUGGUGAGGGAGCGGGCCGGCGGGAGCGGAGCCGCCCCUUUGCCAGCCUUUGCGCGCCUUCCCGGUGCUGGGUCUGCUCGGUUAUCCCGAGAGAGCCAAGGAGGGGCGGUCGGCGGGCGCAAAUGGCCCGGUUUCAAUGCAGAAGAGAGGGAGGGAGAAAUAAAUAAAUGGUGUUUCUAUUCCCACCUUCUCUGUUCCCUCGCCGAGAUGUCUCCUUAAAAUCGGGGUUGGGGAACCUGUUGCCCUCCAGGUGUUUUGAUGGACUGCAUCUCCCAUCAUUCCCAGCCCUUUAGCCAUGCUGGAAGGGGCUGAUGGGAGAUGGAGGCCAACGCAGGUUCUUUAUCUGUGUGCGUGCUUUAAAUAUUAGUAACAAUCUCUCCUUCCUUCUUUCAAUUUCAGGAGCUGGAGACAAUGAGCAGAUACACCAGCCCGGUGAACCCGGCUGUGUUUCCACACCUCACAGUGGUCCUGCUGGCCAUCGGCAUGUUCUUCACCGCCUGGUUCUUUGUGUAUCCUCUUCCAGCCCAGAGCGGCUCUGCUGAGUGUCCAGAGGCCUGCACCAGACACGUUUCAGUUGCCCACAGGGUUGUGGGGUUAGCUUUAAUGAGAUCUGGGGGAGGUGAUUGUACCUUUGGUGAUUUUUAAAAGGGUGGGGAAAGCUGUCUCAGCAUAUGUUGCUGGACUACAAAACUCCCACCAUCCCUUACCAUUUGCCAUGCUGGUUGAGGCUGAUGGUGACCAACAGCAUCUAGGGUGCAGCUGGUUCUGCAUUACUGUUUUAAAUUAUUUUUAGGCCUUCGUUUAGCAAAACGAUUAGGAUGAUGUACCAUAAGGGUAAUAAGAUGCAUAUAAGCAAAUGAAGGGGAGUAGAAAGUCAGCAAUAAAUAUUAAGCAAAAGAUUUAUAAAUAUUAUGCAGUAAGUUACUAUUGCUUCUUAAAAGUUCAGACAAAUAAAAAUGCCUGUGUCUGGCAGCAGACUGAAAGCAAAAUUGGCACCAGGUGAUUGUCUUAAGGGCAUUUCCAUGCUGCACAAAAAAGAGCCUAUUUUGGUGUCUGGACUGGGAAACUCUUUCAUUUAGUGUCUUCUAAUUUGGUGACUGAUGUUUAAUGGCAUCAGAUCUUUAUUUGAUACUGUUCCUGAUGCUGUGGGAUAGUUGCUAUCUUUUUCCUGAAAUUUCAUUUAAUUAAUUUUAUUCCUUGUAUGCAGUUUGUCACACUGCAAUUAAACAAGAAUUUUUUUCUGUUAUGUUUUCUUGCUUAAUUUUUGCAUGCUGGAGCAGCUGAGAGGAUGUCAACCCUGUUAAACAAAAAUGUCAUGACCUUUUGCAAAAGUGUUGGUUUUUCAUUGUGUAUUGCUGGGGCUUUCUCCACUCUUCAGUCUCUGGUUUACUACUUUAACUAGUAUUUCAGAUAUGAAGUGACCUCGACCAAGUACACCCGGGACAUUUACAAGGAACUGCUCAUCUCUCUGGUUGCUUCACUCUUUAUGGGCUUUGGAGUACUCUUCUUACUGCUAUGGGUUGGAAUCUAUGUGUAACGAAGUCAGGAGCUUUCUCAGGUAAGAAAUUAAUACCUGAUUCCACAAUGAGAGUUUUUUGGAACAAAUUUGAGGGAAUUUCCCAGAAAAUAUUAGGAUUGAAUUGUUAAUUUGAUUUAAAUGUUAUAUUGAAAUAAGAUUCAGAGUUUCAGUUUGGUAUUCACUUUGUUGGAAAAUGUGCAACUGUUUUAAGACUUCCAUACUUCCAUACAAUCAUUUAUAUUGUAAGGGGGAGAAAUGAAGGCAAUGAAAAUUUUUGAGAUACUAAACAUGGCUAAACAUGUUUUGGGCAGGGGCAGGUUCUUUGGCAGAACAACCGCUGCUAUGGGCAGGGCAGGUGGUGGUGAGGAGUUCCCCCUCCUAUUGGAAAAAUAGCUAUGCCAGCCCCAGAGCUAGAUAGUGUGGAGCCAGUUUUGCAAGCAUGUCAGGGGAGUGAGGGAGCUUUGGAUCCUGCAGAUCUAUCGCUACUACCACCACCUCCAAUGCCUUAUUUUUCCACAACUGCCAGAAUAUCGCUGGCUGUACAUCUGUUAUGGCAGAGCUUUACUCAGGAGUAUCCAGUGGGUAGAUGUUGCCAUGCCGGCAGUGCAGUAAGACCCACACUGCAUCUUAAGUCCCCUCAGCCUGUCUUUGGCUGGCUAAAGGACUGCAGUAAUCCAAAGACAUGUUAGGGAUCUCUAUUAUUAUGUGUGCAUUCAUACUUCCCAGAAGCAGCUGCUUUGCAACUGUUUAAAACUGCAAAUUUGAUUAGUAUUGUGUCCAACAAUCAUGUUACUAAUUUGUCUUGCAAAACAAUGAAAGUUCUCUGUGGGAGGAAAGAUUAUAGAAAAAUGUAUUCCCCAGGUCACCGAGCAGGAUAUAGAUAUAGGGUGCACACACCAUAUAGUAGGCUGUCUGGUGCUUAUUUAAUAGUUCUAUUUUAAUGUGUAGAGUUCUGGCUUUUCUGAAGCUGAGUUUUUACCAGGCAUGCUUGUGAAUAUAGACAAAGCCUUGUGUAGCAUAUUGCAACUACUUCACAAAGGAUGUAGCAGGUAACAAAAUGAUGUGAACCUAUCGGCAUCUGCACAGUAAAAUACAGUUGCUGAGCCUCUCUCUCUUAGUGCUCUUCGAACUGCAACAUGUGCAAUAGUGAGCAGUUUUGUAUCAGGUAGUUGCAUUUGUCUGCCCCUUACCGUUAGUCACAACAAUCUAAAUUUAAAAAGCAAGAAUGAAAGGCACAAAUUAUGAGGACAACUUCCCAGGCACGUAGAGCAUAGAAGCCCCUCUAAUUGUCAAGGCCUUGUUUGGCUCCCCUGCUUGUAUGUUUCUGUUUCGGACAGCAAUAUAGAAAACUAUAAUAGCCUGGGUACUUCAGAAAAUAGUUUGAUCCAUUUGUUGUUUUUCCUUUCAGGUUCCAGCAGCCUUACUGAAGCUCUUUUUUAUUUUUGUAUGUAAUGCAGCUCUUUGCAGCUUGGGCCUACAUAAUCUUGAUAUAUGGUUAUAGCCCAGGGUCGCAACAUCGGACCAAUAAAGCUGACUCUGUGAUGAGCUGAA